CGCGGGAUAAGGGCUGUAUAUCAGCUGCUGGGUGGCUAGAAGGAUGCGGUCGGGGUAAUCAGGUUGGUAGGACAGAGCCAAGUCGGUCUGCAGAACACAGGGGACCUCGGGGGUCCUGCCACACAGCGCCCCCACCCAUCAGAUCUCAAUGCCGGGCAGCCACGCAUGCGCAGCAGCAUUGGUGCCCGGCUUUCCCCAAUCGCCUUGCGCAUGCGUUGCCUACCCUUGCGGCAGAUGGCGCCCCUGUGAUUGCCCUCUGUGUGUUACUGCCUCCUGCUGACUGCAGGCGGGGUGGCGUCUCCGUCGGUGCUGGUGAAGCUGAAGGAACAGGUGCCUGGAAGCAGAGGCGCUGAGUCGCCUUUCAUGUGACUGCCAGCGUGACCCUAAAGACUCAUUUUUCUUAUCUUUAAAGUGAUGCUACUCAGCGUAGUGUGGAUUGUUUUCUCAUACAUCCGUUUUUUCCUCUAGAUGUUUUGACCUUUGGACCUUGCGUAUCACCUAGCUCUUGUCCCAGUGCAGGCCUCAUUUUUCCCAGCCGUCAGACAAUGAACACCACCCCAGGCACAGUGGGCAGUGACCCUGUCAUCUUGGCAACUGCAGGCUAUGACCACACUGUGCGCUUUUGGCAGGCGCACAGUGGCAUCUGCACCCGAACCGUGCAGCAUCAGGACUCUCAGGUGAAUGCCUUGGAGAUCACACCAGACCGAAGCAUGAUUGCUGCCGCAGGUUACCAGCAUAUCCGCAUGUAUGAUCUCAACUCCAAUAACCCCAACCCCAUCAUCAGUUACGACGGAGUCAAUAAGAACAUUGCAUCUGUGGGCUUUCAUGAGGAUGGCCGAUGGAUGUACACGGGCGGGGAAGACUGCACAGCUCGCAUAUGGGACCUCAGAUCCCGGAACCUGCAGUGUCAGCGCAUCUUCCAGGUGAAUGCACCCAUUAAUUGUGUGUGUCUGCAUCCCAACCAGGCAGAACUCAUUGUGGGUGACCAGAGUGGUGCCAUCCACAUCUGGGACCUGAAGACAGACCACAAUGAGCAGCUGAUCCCUGAGCCUGAGGUUUCCAUCACAUCUGCCCACAUCGACCCUGAUGCCAGCUACAUGGCAGCAGUCAAUAGUGCUGGGAACUGCUAUGUCUGGAAUCUGACUGGGGGCAUUGGUGACGAGGUGACUCAGCUUAUUCCCAAGACCAAGAUCCCAGCCCACACACGCUAUGCCCUGCAAUGCCGCUUCAGCCCUGACUCCACGCUCCUUGCUACCUGUUCAGCUGACCAGACAUGUAAAAUCUGGAGGACAUCCAACUUCUCCCUGAUGACAGAGCUCAGCAUCAAGAGUAGUAACCCUGGAGAGUCAUCCCGUGGUUGGAUGUGGGGCUGUGCCUUCUCAGGGGACUCCCAGUACAUAGUCACAGCUUCCUCUGACAACCUGGCCCGGCUUUGGUGUGUAGAGACUGGAGAGAUCAAGAGAGAGUAUGGUGGCCAUCAGAAGGCUGUCAUCUGCUUGGCCUUCAAUGACAGCGUGCUGGGUUAGCCUCUACCCGUUGAGGCUGCAUUGGGCAGUCAGGACUGCCUGGUAUAGUGGCUCUAAGUGGACAUACCUCAACAAUAUCCUGGCCUAAGUGACUCUCAGGUCAGCCUCUGCAUGCCAGGCCAGCUGGACCUGACCAGACUGCCAUGGCCCCUGUACUUUGGGACUUUCUUCAUUGUCAGAAGGCUCACUAAGCCAGGGACAUGUGCCUGGGCUGGGAGUCAUUUCUCAGUUCAGAAAGGCUAGACCCAGAGGGAUUGAACUGUUGAGGUUUCCCAAGUAUGUUAUCCCCACUUGCCCCUCUUUACCCCUGUACAGGUACUGAGGCCCCCCAAAAAUUACCACUAUGGCCAGGUAAUAUGGGUUUAUUUGUCCCUACUGUCAGCUGCCCUUUAUUGGUGCUGGUGACCUGACCAGCUUGCUGACCUGUGGGGACAGGACUGGCCUGUGGGACCAAAGGCAGGUCAGUAGGGGACUUAGUCUGGAAGGUAAUAAAAGCAGACAGACACACAGAUGUUGCUCGGGAAGCAGAUGUCAAUGCAGAGGUAGAUCAGCCGCUGUCUCUGGGGCCCUGGGGAGAAGGGUACUCAUGAAUCAUAAGGGCUCCCACCUAGUACUGUCCUGCAUGAGCCACAGGCCUCUUCACUCAACCUACCCCAACUCACCCUCUGCCCGUUGGGCCCAGUAGAUGGGAGUGUCCAUGCAAAGGUGUCGCACCGAAGCUCCUGCUUGGGCAGGGUCCACAGUAUGACCCCCCAAAACUGCCAGCAGCUCCUGAAUAUAGUGGGUGUCUUGGCCAGGUACAUGGGACUCUUGGGCCUGCAGAAAGACUCUGGUGGGCCACCAUAUAGUACUUCCUGGAUCCUGGCUGGGUAGGGCAUUCAUGUCCCACCCCAGCCUGAUGGCCCUUCCACCUGCUCUUGUCAACAGCCUUAGUCAGGAGAAGAUAGAGCUUUCUGUUCCCCUGAAACCAGAGCCUUGGCUGGCCCAGCUGGGCUGCACAGAAGACCUUUUGUUUUUCCCCUGGCCUUGGGGGGGUGGGGGUGAUUGGCAAGCCAAGUAGUACCGCUCACCCUGGAAGUGUUCACCAGCAGCCGUAAGGUCUCCCAAUCUUGGGCUUCCAUCAGACGGAGGAAGCAGGCCUGGUGCUCUGCCGGUCGGUAACAGAUGUAGCCCUGGGGAGGCAGAUGGGUAAGUCAAGGCCACCCCUGAUACUUCCACUCUGCCCUGCUCCCAAGCUCACUCACAUUUUGUCCGUCAAACAGUACGGCCCAGCUGUGGUUGCUCUGAAGUGGAGUCACCAUGAUAGUUGCCGUGUUCUGGGCCACGUCCACUAGAGUGGUUUGGUUGGACCAGGGUACCCUGGAGCUUGAGGUCUUUCGGAGCAUCUGCAGCAAUGUCUAAGGGGUAUUGGAAUUCCGCCCUGAUAUCUGUAUUUGCUUAUCACCAUAGUAGGCUUUGUUCCUUCUGGUUCUCUGGCUAUCUGAUGAAGGCCAGCGUUAAGGCCUGGCCCCGUGGGAGGGCUAACAGGUACUAGCUUUCCUACCCCCUUCCCACUCUGUAUAUCCCUGGGCUUGAGGAGCAGCUCACCUUGGGGGGGGGCUGUACAUGAAGCCAAGAAGCCCUCCAGCCACGGCCCCAGCAGUGACCAGUGUAAGCAGCAGGCCUGCUGCUCUCCAGCCCCUAUGGCAGGGUUUGGUCUUCACCUAGGGGCAUAUUACUGUCAGUGGGGCUUCUGGGUUAGAGAGCUGACUUGCUCAGGGAAGGGGCUGAUGGCAGGUGGUGACACUCCGGACUCUUGUAUCCCUGUGUUCUUUGGGGGGGGGGGGAGCAGGAAGAGAGACCUUACCUCAACAGGCCUGGACCUGAGGCGCUCAGUGUGGACGUGCCCUUGUUCCAUGCUGCAGCCCCUGCUGACAAUGCACUGAUUGUCUACAGCCCCUUGGAGGAGUCAGCCAGGGAAACCUCAGGAUGCCUUUGAUGAGUCAAACUGUAUCCUCCCCCUCCCAAUCCCACUGCUUCCUUCCCAGCCAGUAUCUGAUAUCCAGGGUCAGAGCCAGGACAGCCUUCUCCCCCACUGUGAUUACUCGGCACCAGGCAUGUCUCUGGACAGUUGACCUGUGCAGAACAGUUUCUGGGAGCAAGUAAAAACAGGACCUUGGUGGGAAGUCAGAACUGGGUAGGUCUUAGCCAGGAUAAUUUUGUCUGGUUGGGCAUUUUUUUCUUGGAGUCUUUUAUCUCUAGACUCCUGAACUAGACACAGGAACCAUCAAUAAAUGUUCAGUGAACCAUCA